GGGACCGGCGUGCUGAGCGGCGACUUGCUGACCAAGGAGGAGGAGUACAAGCGACUGAAUGCAGAAUUAGAAGCAAAAACAGAAAAGCUGGUGCGUCAGGCAGAAGAAGUAAUGAAAGGCCAACAGGAGAUACUGUCUAGACCAGUUUCAGUACAGACUAAGUCACAUGAAGACGACAGACAGAGGGGUUCACUCUGUCCUGAAGUUUCAUCUCUUACACACUCGCAUGCCAAGGUAUCAAACAAGAAGAAAUGUGCUUCCAUGUCCGCGGCUCAGAACAGACCAUACUCUGAAAGUAAGGGAAAAAGAACAACUUCAAGUUCAAAAAUAAGAAAUCUGGAAGUACAAAGUGCUGAUGAUGUUGCAGUACUGGAGGAUUGCAUAAAUUUUUCUUUAGCAAAAACAAUAAGCAAAAUAGAAGAAAAACUAGAGGGAGGAGGCUUACCAGAUUGUCUAGAUGAUGACAUUAUUCCAAGCGUUGGAAAUGAAAUUGGAGCAGAAGCUCAAAUCAGAUUUCUUAAGGCAAAGUUACGUGUUAUGAAGGAAGAGCUGGAUAGUGUAGUGUGUGCAUGCAGAAAAAAGGAUGAUGAAAAUCAGAAUUUAAAAUCACGGCUUAAAGAUACUGAAGAAGAAAACAGCAGACUGCAACGAACCAUCAGUAUGCAACAUUCACAGACGGAAAAGUACAAAACGUUGUCACAAGAAGCAAAUAAAAAAAGUGAAGGGUUACAACAAGAGGUCAUUGCACUAGAAAAGGAAUUGGAGAAUCUAAAGCGUGUACAAAAGCAGGCCGCAGCCAGUCAGAGCGCAACAGAGGUUCGCUUAAACAGGGCCCUGGAAGAAGCAGAAAGGUAUAAAAUGGAGCUGAAUAAACUGAAGCAAAGUAACAAGGAUGUAGCUAACCAAGAACUCAAAACAAUUGAAGAAUUGAAAACAGAAAACAAGAAACUACAGAAACAAAAAGGAGAGCUAAUGACAGGUUUUAAAAAGCAGUUAAAAUUAAUUGAUAUUUUAAAGAGACAGAAGAUGCACAUUGAAGCUGCUAAGAUGCUUUCUUUUACUGAAGAGGAAUUCAUGAAAGCUCUUGAGUGGGGAAAUUAUUGA